CUUGGAGAACCUCUCUCUUCCAAUAUGAAAGGAUUUACUCUGCUUCUGGCAAGUCUGGCCUUAUGGUUUAAUCCUGCUGAGUCAUUAAGUUGUUUUUUCUGUCCGAAUCAAACUAACGCCAUAAACUGUACAAGAAUUAAAGAAUGCCCCGUCGGUCAAACGAUCUGCAAAACUACAGAAUAUAGUGCACGGAACGAAAAUCCAUAUUUGGUUAUUAAAGACUGUGCAGUAUCCUGCAUCCGUAAUAACAGUAACAACGACAAUCCCAUAUUUUGCUGUACCAGUGAUUACUGUAACACCAGGGGACUCUACGGCAUUUGUUCGGGGACUGUGAAUUACCGCCAGGGAUUCCUGAUGUUUUUUAUUAGUGUAGCGGCAGCGCUGAUUGGAUCGCCACCGUUAUGAUCUCUGGUUCCCAUUUUGUCAGUACUGUAACAAAUUGAGAAAAAGUUCCUGUUGGCCAGAUACCGUUCGACAGAAACAAACCCAUUAUUUUUUAUUUCUCUAACACCUCUCAGCUAUAUCACAUUGACGUGUCAAUUCAUCUCCAAAAUAAAAAAAAUCCAAAAGAAGAAUGGAACAGUCACUCUGCGGUCCGUUGUGGUCAGGCUACAGAUUUAAUUACCACGAUGUCUGGACAGGGUCACCCCACACCACAGAUCCAGUGACCAACAACAUAUUUUACCUGAUUCUUAAUCCAUCUCCAAAAUGAAAUGCUUAUACAAUAAGUCCAACAGUUUAACAUCUCCUCAUUAGCAACUGGUCAUACUGACACUAAAUAUUUUCUUAGUUUAUAACCACAGAGACAUUAAAGGGGAACGGUCACUUCUUUGGAAUUUGCACCAGUGAAUAAAACAUUCGAAAAUCACUGAUAAUUUGAAUUAACCAUUUUUCUUUAAAAUACAUAUUAAAUAUUUAGCAAAUGAUAUCAUAAUCCAGACAAGGCAAAUCCAGGACAUAGAUUGCUAAUGAAGGAGGCAGAGCUGAUCCUGGUGGGAUGCGGACCACCCAGGUGCGUUGUAGAUAGGCGGGGUGUGCAGCUCUAGGCUCUUCCCUCUUUCAGGUAGAUCCAGCCCCCGCACGGUCGUCACCGGAUGGCACAGGGAGCAAGGCCUGACGAGAGGGGUCAGGAUCUACUUGUAGGGGCAGAGCCUAACGCUGCACACUAAGCCUAUCUGCAGAUGGAGGCGCCCAGUUGCAGGAUAGAAGGGUGUGGAUUUCUACAUUUGAUUUGAUUUUCGCAGCUCACACAUACAUAUUUCUUAAAUAAAGGGAUUAGAAAACAUAAAGUUAAAAUCCUGAGGAGCGGUUGUUCUCGUUUCUUACUGGAAAAUGCUUGCAAUCACAGGCACUCUGUCAUUUUCAGGAGUUGAAGAAACACCAUAGUGUUUGAAAUCCAAACAUGAAUUCCUUACACUAUAGAUUUAGACUACCUAUUAGGGUCCCAGGCUCCCCCUUAGCAUGGAGAAACAAGGUAUUUUACCUACUUUUUCUCCCUAGCUCAGUUGUAAUGCUCUCAGCCAAUCCAGAGGCUUUUGCAUAUGCAAAACGCUGCCCUUGCCAACCAGCAUCUCCUCAUAGAGGUACAUUGCAUCAAUGUAUCUCUACAGGGAAACUUCAGCCUCUCCAUGCAGAGUGUGGAGAUGCUGAACAUAGGUGCAGCAUACUGUACAGCACUAGGCUAGGAUUCACCUCUAGUGGCCCUCUGAGUAACUGCAACUAGAGGUGUUACUAGGAAGUAAUGUAAAAGACAGUGUUUACAGUGCUAAGACUGCAGGGACAGACUAUAGACACCAAAACAUUAGGCUAUUGUGGGUUCUGGUUACUAUAGUGUACCUUUAAUAAAGGACUACCAUAUUCUGACUAUUAAGGUUGGACCUGCCCAUGAGGAUCCACACGAGAAACAUCAGCUUGUUCCUGAUCUAUCCUCUGCCACUUUACACGUAUCGCAUACUUCUGACAAUUGUUUUGCUGUUAAAAAUUUAAGAAAAGGUGUAAAAAAUGUAAAUCUAAAUAUGAAAUAAAUUUGAUUAUUUA